CACAGAUCCGGCCCCGGCCCACACCAUCCAUUCACACUCACACUCAGUCUAGUCUAGUCUCUGCCUCGCUUGUUACCAUUUAUACUUUGGAAGCCUGCCAUUUUUUUCGUCUCUACUUUUUUUGGAGUCAUGAUCAUCCGUCUCAGUCUUGUCUUUUCUACGCCUCUCGAUUCUUAUCCCUUUGGUCAGGCCUUCCAGAAGCUUUAAUACUCGCUUCCUCCGCCACACUCGAGAAUCACUUCACGAUUUCCUCCAGUUCUCUCUCUCACACACACACACACAUCAGACAAAAUGGUCUCCACAAAGAGCCUUCUGCUUGCUGCCUUCACAACAAUAGCAUACGCUGCUCCCACAAAGGGACCCUGCAAAUCCCUAACCCCAACUCUUCCCAGCACAGGAGGCGACAACCUCCAAGGUCCCUCCCCCGCAGCCCGCCUCAAGAAAAUUGCCCUCGGCCACGGCAUCCAAAACUACACCUGCAGCGCCUCCGAUGCCACCCCCUCCGCAACCGGUGCUCUCGCCGUUCUCUACGACGCCACCACCGUCUACCCAGGUCUCUCCAAGACCGCCUUGUCAUCAGACGCCUUCAACUCCCUCCCCCAUCUCCUUCUCUGGGACCGCCCUGUCCCUCUCAACCGCCCCUCCAACUCUUCUUACUCCGCCGACACCACGUCCCCCUUCCCUGCGCACAACGACCUCAAAGGACUAGCCGACUACCCAUCUUUCAAGUACGCGGGUCAUCAUUUUUUUGACUCGACUGGCACGCCCAUGUUUGACCUGGAUGCCUCGGGACUCAAAGCGAGCGUGGUCAAGGGCGGGAAUGUCAAUGCGCCCAAGGAUGCGGAUAAGGGCGUGUUGGAUACGGGCGCGGUGGCGUGGUUGAGGUUGACGGAUAGUAAGAAGGGGGAGAGCAAAGGGGUGAAUUUGGUUUAUAGGGUUUUGACGGCGGGAGGUGAUGCCGAGGGGUGUGCUGUUGCGGGGACGGGGGUGCAGAGUGUCCCGUAUACGGCUUUUUACUGGUUUUAUGAGGAGUAGAGUGUUGCUUGAUGAAGAAUUUCAAGGCGGGGGAGGGUAUGGUUUAUGAUGGAAUGGUCGAUGAGCGGGAGAGGACUUGAGCAAGUCAAGUCGGGCUUUUAAUCUUGUUUAUUGAUGAUCAAAAGGAGUUUGGACACGGUGGGACGUUGUUUUUUUUUUGUCCUUCAACUUCUGUCUUUUGGACUACGACGGCGUUCUGGUUUGGGCUUUGGUUCGGGUGGUCGGUGGCAGCAUCUGCAUUUUUCUCUUCUUGUUCUUUCUUCAGGGUUCAAUCGUUUAUACCUUGUGCUCUCGCACCUUUAGAUCUCUCUCUCUCUCUCGUUAAAUACCCACGCUUUAGAUACUUAAUCUGAUUUAUACCUUCACGUCGCAA